UUUUAUACAUAUCUAAUAUGUUGAUUUACGACAAUGAAACGCUGGAACCACAGUGGUAUUGGAACAACUCCAUCUUGUCGAUCAAGAGAAGGUAGUAACGUCUGCGUAACGUUAUGGACCUUCGGGAAUUUACUGUAUUGGAUGAAGUUGGAGCAGAGGACCCACAAGUAAGAACCGUAGAAACCAAUUUUAAGCCAUCUACAGCAGCAGAGGAGAUUGAUUAUCUGAAUAAAAUUCUUGCUGAUAUUGAAAAAAAUAAUGGGAGUGAUAUAAAUAGUAACAGAAAGAAUUCUGGAGGUAGUGAGAGCAUUGAAGGAUGCAAUUUUGAAAGCAAUAACAGCUCAGAAUGCAAGCUUUUAAGUGAUACCAGCAAAGAAGACCCUGGGUCUGGGAAUUGUGGACAAAAUUCUUUUGAGAAUGAAGACAAUGAAGGCCACAAACCUCUAAAUUAUCAUGCUAGUGCUGAAAAACAGUUUGAGGGUUAUAAUGAUUUUGAAAAACAAACCUCUGAGAGUGCCAACGAAAAUGAACAUCACUUUGAAGUGCAACAAUGUAUUUUGCAAGGUUUUGACUUGUCCCAUGCUGAUAAUAUUGUGACUCAAGCUCAUGAUCAGCACAUAUCUACCUCUAAUACAGACAGUGGCCUUGUACAAAGUGGACUUAGCACUGAACCCAAUCUUGUAAAUGUUGAACUUGUCAACAAGUCAUAUAGUAAUUCAUCUCAAAAUAUUAAUGCAAAAGACACAAACCAAGACGCUGAGCUUGAAGAUUUAGUAUGUAAUGUUGGGCCCAUCAGUUUGGCAUCAUUGAAUGAGGCUGGGAGCUCAGAGCUAAGGCCCAAUACAACUGAUGCCACCACACUUGCAAUUGAUUCUCCUGGUCACAAUUCACCAUUGCUUGAGUCUCAAUGUUAUUCAGCAGGGGACAUUUCAAAUACAGGUAGUUAUCUUUCAGGUGAGGAUGUUUCAGGAUUAACAUACGAGAAUGCAGAAAGUUUAGGCAACAAGUUAAAAUCUAACAGUACUAUACCUGGAAACCCUAGUAGUCUCCUAGAAAACUUACAAGAGCCAGCAGCUGUAAUUCAGGGUAUAGAGUCAAAUUUGUUAGAAACACACAUUGAUCUCUCAUUAGUGAAAUCAGAACCUAUUGAUACUGAUCCUGGAGGAGAAUUUGAAUGUGUAGGUUUUAUUGAUGAUCCAGCAGAAGACUUUAGAGUGAAGGAAGAACCUAAAAUUAAAGAAGAGCCCCCAGAGUAUUCACCACCAGUGGUGGAUCAGGCAGUUAAUUUGUUUUCUGUUAAGGUUUUUAAAAGUGAGGAUGAGUCUCCAGGUGAACCAAGUGUAGUUAGGAAUAUAAGAUACCGUGUUGAAGAUGAUAAGUACUAUAGCAGGGAGCAAGUAACUGCAGCUCUUAUUAUCUCACAAUCUUCACUUGCACCUGCUAUUGAUAUGGAUAUGUUUCAUAAUGUAGGUAGAACUAGUCUGAUGUUGAAAUUAAUUAGCUUAGAAGAUUUGAUUCACAAUCCUUGUCAGAUUGGAUUGGAAGAUGUAGAUAUUGUUAAAUUGUUUGUCAAGAAUUAUGGCAGCUCAUUCUUUCAAUGGAAAAAGUUCUUCAAUUAUAAAGCGAAAAACAGCAAAAAGUGUCCUGCAUCUGGUGUUAAAAGCAGUAAAAAAGAUUCCGGGAGAAAAAAGAAAACUAGAGAAAAUGAAGCUCUGGCUAAAACUUCACGGUUACAUGAAGACAAUAGUUCUGAAAAAGAAGAAAAGUACAUUGAAGCGUCUUCUAAUGAAGAAAAGUGCAUUGAAUCUUUACCUAAUGAAGAAGGGAAAAAAAAGAAAAGGAAGAAGAAAAAGCACAAGAACCAUAAACAACUUGAUAGAGAAAUUACAGAGGAUGAAGAUUUGGUUAAUAAAAAAUCAGGUGAUAUGUCAAAAGCAAUACACCAGGAAGAGGAUAAUAAUUCAACUGACUCUGAUAAAGUACCUGACAACCAUAAAUUAUCAAAUGAAGAGAUAACAAAAACUAAACUUGUGGUUAAUCAAAAUAUGGAUGACAUUCCAAAAGUAAUACAUCAGGAUGAUGAUAAUUCAGCUAACUCUGAUCUUCCUGGGAGCCAUAAAUUACUGAAUACAGAGAUUAAAAAAACAGAAUUUCUGGUUAAUCAGAAUUUGAAUAGUAUUUCAAAAGUAAUAGAUCAGGAUGAUAAUUCAGUUGAUGCUAACAAAGUUCCUGGGAACCAUAAAUUAUUGAAUUCAGAGCUGGUCAAAAAUGAGCAAUUGGGUAGUCAGAGUUCAGAUGAUGAUAUAUCAACAGUAGUACAUCAGGAUGAUAAUUCUACUGACUCAGAUAAAGAACCUGACUGCAAUGAAAGAGAAAAACGUGAACUGAAUAAUGCUGAAAAAGAGCAUGAGCAAAGCAAUCCUAGUCAAUGUGAGAGUUUGAACAAUAAAGUUAACUUAGUCAAAGGCGAGUACAAAUGUCACAUGAACACCAUGGCUCCAGAAGAAGACAGAUUUAAAGUCUUGGGUGGAGUUAUUUUAGAUAAUCGUUGCAAAGCCUGUAGUGUCAAUUUGGUGGACAUUGCUAAGGAUAAAAAGUACAAAAAUAUAGUUCAGAAGUAUUUAAGAUUGUUGGAUAAAAAAAAGGUGUUACUACCACUAGAUCAGGAAAAAGUUGAAGAUAAACCAGCCGACUGCAAGUCCUUGAAACUUGAUACAAGUGCAGAAGCUGACGAAGGUUUAAAUAUUCAACCAGCCUCUAAAUUUACAGAAUUGAAAAAGCCUGAUAAAAGAACACUUGAAAAUACACAUGAAAACUCAAGUGGCUCUGUUGAAAAUGAUGAUGAAUCAAAGCAUGCCAGACAGGAGGAAGCAGACCAUCACAAAGAGACUGCACUCUAUGAUGAGGAUUGUUGUAACAUUUCAGGUCAUAAAAGUUAUAAGCCAGAGAGUGCUACUGAAGAGACAAAUGUUAUUUCUAAAAGUGAACAGAAGGAAGACUUAAGCAAGAAUGCUAAUACUCUAUUAGUUCCUGAGAGCUCUGAAUCUGAAAAAGUUGAGGAAGUUGAAACUUCACUAGCUGCAAAUGAAAAGAGUGAAAAGAUAAAUGGAUCUAAGGAUAAAGACGAAUGUAAACAGUUGAAGUUGAUAAAUAUGGAAACAAAUAGAGGAAAGGACACUAUAGAAUUGACAAGGGAAGAUAAAGACAAAUUGAAACGAAGAGAAAAGAAAAAAUCAAAACAUGAAGAAAGAAUACCUGAAGUAAAGAGCAUGAGGAAGGAACUGGAAAAUACUGCCAAGUUCAAAAGGGAGAAAAAGCCAAAAGUUACUGAAAAGGAUCACCAUCAUGCCAAAUGGAAGCAGGAGAAAAUGAAGGAGAGAGACAAGAAAUUUAAAGAACUUGAGCAGAGAAGAAAAUUUGCUGUCCAUCAUGGAUCGAAGAAAGAAGAAACUGGAGAAAAUGAUUCAGUCAGCAAAGAAAAUGCAACUAUUACUUGCAAUUCUCUUCCAUCUAUUACCACUUUUAAGAUUCCAAAAAAGAAAGCUGUUGAUACAAGAGGACCAGCUGUCGAAAAGCAAAAUUUAGUUUUAUCACGAAGAAAAGAAAUGCUUGCAUCAGGAAGCCCUAGUGGAUAUUACUCCAGUAAGACAUUUGAUCAUGAUAAAAAUCGAAGAGUUGGUAGGGAGUGGAAUUCUCAGACAAAAGUGGAUAACAGAAAUCUUGACCAAAAUACUGUUGAGAAUAAGUUGCAGUCAAAGCAACAAAUAAAUGAAGGAUGGGCUAGAAAGGAAAUGCCAAAUUUCUCGGGAAGAGAUAUUUCUCGUGCGAAUGACAGCUUUGGAUAUGCGCUUCAACGACAACAAGUUGCACCACAAAUGGAACGAGAGAGAAUUGUUCCUCACAUUUCAUCUCCUCCUGUUCUUGAAAAACAAAGUAUGAUACCUUGUAAUAGUACUUUUGAGGUUGAAGGAAGAGAUGUAAACACUGGUAAGAGCCUUGGGUCUGAAUAUCCAAGCUUGCCAUUUCAUCCAAUAAAAAUGGUGGAGACCGAGAUGUCUUCAAAUGCACCCCCACCCCCAAUAGUUGAUAAUUGGAGUAUGAUACCGAUUAAAAAUACAUGUGAAACUACAGAUGAUCAUUCAUAUUUUAGCGGUGGUUUUAGUCCUGCAGAUUCUAUAGAUAGCCCACGAGAGCUGCGUUGUGGAACUAAAGAUUCUGAACGAGAGGAAAACAGUAUCCGAGGCAAUGCAUUGAGCAAGAGUGAGAAUUUGAGCUCGAGCAUCGUGGCAACAAAGUCAAGCAUAGCUGAUAGUGAUAAUUCAGGGAAAGAAUCUGAUGAUUAUGCUAAUAUGGUAUCGAAGUUAGUUGGUAGCCAAAUGCAUGAUAUAAAGUUAAUGGAAAAGGCAAAGGAUGAUGUAAAGAUAAUGGAAAAGGUGAAGGUAAAGGAUGACAUCAGGACAGUGGAAGAUGUGAAGGUAAAGGCUGAUGUUAAGACAGUGGAAGAGGUGAAGGUAACGACUGAUGUUAAGACAGUGGAAGAGGUGAAGGUAAAAGCUGAUGUCAAAACAGUAUGCAGUGUUGCAGAACGCUGCAGCCAUUUGGAUAUGAAACAGAAAAUGAGGGUCUAUGAAAAAAUGAAAAGAUGCUACUAUGAUGCUAAGAAAAAAUAUCAUGAUGAGAAAGGGGAAAAGAAAAAAAUAAGAUACAUUGAAUAUGAAAGAAGGAAGAAAGAGUAUUAUGAUUUGAAAAUAUAUCUCUGUGAGGAGAAAAAAAGAGAGUAUGUAGAAAAGAAAAAAGCACAGAAGGAAAAUAUGUCCAAGCAAAGAAAUGUUCACGAGAAUUCCAAGCCAGAGGUGGAAUCCACAAAACAAAAACUGGAGCCAGAGGUGGAAUCCACAAAACAAAAACUGGAGCCAGAGGUGGAAUCCACAAAACAAAAACUGGAGCCAGAGCCAUCAUCAGCAACAGAUAAACCUCAGGAUAAUCUAAAUGAAUGCCCUGAUGAUAAUGAGAAUUCAGAGGAUGGUGCUGACAAUGACCCAUAUUCUCCUACUGGCUCACCAAUAUUACUUGAUCCAGAUUUUUCUGCAAUAAAUGUUAGAGCAAGCUUACUGGAUGUCAAUUUACCCUUUGGGAAGUCUCUCUCAUAUUUUGAACAGAUAAAAGAGAAAAUAGUAAAUGCUACACCAAGUUAUGAGGCAGAUAAGGCAAUGAACACUCCAGCUUCAAAGACAAGUGAAAGUCCUUCCAGGACUAAGGCUACUCUACCAGCAGAUGGCUUGUCAGCUGUUGCUACACCAGUAUUGACCUCUCCUAAACCUCCGAAUAGAAAACCUGACCAGUCCCCAAUUCAGGGUUCAUCAGUGGCAGUACCACCUCAUCUUCCAUCAUUGUUUUCUUCACCCUUGGCACAUAAUUCAGUGCCAUUACCUGUUCCACCUCCACAGCCAAUUUCAUCAAAUAAUUCUGGUAAUUCAUUCCGAAUUACAUCAUCUCUGCCGGUUCCAUUACCAGUGAAAGCUUCAUUGAUAUUACCAGUCCCUCCCCCUAGUUGUACAGCAGCACCAUCAUUUGUGUCACUUGCUGCUUCAUCUGGUGGUAUAGUUAAAGAGCCUGUUGCUUGUCCAGCUACAAUAUCUGAAUUGGCAGCACAGUCAAACCAGACACUUUCCUCCAGUUUAAAAAAAACUGAGCCUUUGGAAAUUCCACUGGUGUCCCCAACAAUUAAGAACCAGUCACAAAUGCUAGUUGACCUUGCGCCACCACCACUCCCACCUGAUUCACUUUUUGCACUAAUGGGAUAUAAUCCCACUACUGUGGAUAGGACUAAGGAUAGGCAAGACUCUUCUUUAGAUGACAUCAUAGAAAUUCCUAUGGACAUUGAUUCUGAAAGUGACGCUUCUGCUGUUGAGGAGAAUGAUGCUGAAUUUCUUGCUUCCUUUGGAAUUUGUGUAGCCAGCCCAACAUUUAAAGAGCAAGUUACAUCAAGAGAUGACACUUCUAGCAAAACUGAUACCAAUUUCAAGAAUGUUCUAACAAGAUUAAUGGAAACAAAGAAAAAAGAACUGGGCAUUAGCACUACAAAAAAUCAAGAUGAUCAUGAACAGAAGCAGGAACCAAAUGCAGGCGUCGGUAAUAUCUCGGGAAAUAACCUUGGAAAUCUCGGAACUGCUGGUAGCGAUGAUGUUGCAGAAACAUCUGACCCAUCAAACCAUAUCGAAUUAAGUGAAGAAUCAGCAGAUGUAAAUGGCUUUAAAGAAAAAACAACCAAAGAACCACCUAAAAAAUUAUUUUGUGUGGAUGAACUCCUGAUGUCUGUAGAAACUGCUGAUCAGCAGUCAGAUCUGGAAGUUGUCUUUUCAAACAUUCAAAAAGACUACAGCAGCGUUAAAGUGUUUAGGGAUGAAGUCCCAAAAUAUUAUCAGAAGACACCAUUGGCGCAGACUCUGGUGGAUAAAUGCAAAGAUAUACCACUUGUGGGUCUUCAGUAUGUGUUGGAGGUGAGACAGGAUGUAGAUAUGACUCUAGAUGGCUGUUACUACAUCUGUGUGCUUUGCAGUAAGAAAAUGAAUACCCAUACUCUCAUUCCUCACAUCAAGAGUGUGCACCAUAAACUUCGCUUUUCAGAAAUCCACUGUGUAGACAUAUAUGCUAAGUAUGGUUCAUAUGUUAUUAAGGAGUGGACAGCUGCCCGGGUUAAGGAAUUCACCGUUGCAUUGGCUGAGGUUGAAGCAAAAUUAGGACGACAUAAGCUUGCAGUUGCCUUUGAAAAGGAUUUAUCAUCUGUUUUGGCUGCACUCAAGAAUAAGAUAACGGAAAUUAAGAAACUCAGCAAACCCAAGGAUCAGGAUGUAGAGGAAAUUAGAAAAGAUUCUCUUAACCAAGAUUCAUCAACCACCAUUCCACUUCAAUCCAUCACUAAGGUCAGCACUAGUCAGAUGGAUAUUCCAUUACCAUCUGCCACUCUGUCUCAAAAGACUGCCUGCAUCUCAGCAAAUGAAUCUAAUAAGGCUUCUGGAUCAUAUAAUAACUCAGGAGUUGGUGCUUUUGUGGGACAUGGGUUCCGAAAAAGAAAUUAUAGGCCCGGUCCAAACUCAAGCCAGAGGAGUAGCUCGCCAUCUCCCACUAAUUCACCAUCACCUAAAAGAAUUUCACCAAAACGAAGAAAUAAUUCCAGAUCGCCAUCACCCAAGAGAAGGCGGGAAUCUAGUUCACCAUCUACCAAGAAAAUAAAGCAGAGUCGUUAUUCACCAUCCAGGGACGAUUCCACACAGUUCUACUCUGGAAGCCGGAAGCGGAGACAGUCGAGAUCCCCUACUUCAUCUAACAGACGCUCUGGAUCACGCUCUAGAGGUGUACAUGGUCGCCACAGGUCACGGAGCCGAUCUCGAUCUAAGCACAGGUCACGUAGCCGAUCUCGAUCAAGACAUAGGUCACCUUAUAGAAGGAAUGAUAGACGAACACAGCAUAGCCCCCAAAGGAAAAGAGAUUCUAAGGGCUGGAAUAAGCAUUCUAUGGAAAAUAACUUGAAGGAAUUUAGAGAAUCGGAAGUUCGACUUAGGGCCCGGCACAUAAAUAGACAGGUCGGUUAUGAGAAACAUCCAGAAGAUCAUCCUGAUUACAAUCAUGAAUGGAGAAUAUUUUGGGAACGUCGAUGUGCUGAACUGGAAGCAAGUGGGAUUAACGCAUUUUCUCAUGAUUUCAAAAGUGAAUGGGCUCUUUUUUGGCGUCAGCGCAUCAAGGAAAUUAUGGCCAGUGAAUACAAGUCUAAAAGAGAUUCACUUUUGAGGAAAUAUAACUUAGAAGAUCCUGAUUUGCCAGUAUCUGCAAAGCAAAAUUAUGAGACUGGUAAAACUGGUAGAAAAGCUGAUCCAUCGUGGAGCUCUACUGCUAGAGAAGACACAGUUAGCCGCAUUGACCGAUCUCCAAGUCCUUGGGAAGAUGAUGGUAGAACUAAAAAAAGUGAUAAAAAUCCUUCUCCACCUAGAGAAGUUAUAAAGGAAAAAACUCAAUCUCCUACAACAUAUGAAGAGGAAUUUUCUGUUAUUGGAACAUUAAAACUUCUUAAUGAAUUAGAAGACCAGCUUGGGUCUUUUGGUCCUGCUAUCAUAACCCUUCUUGACAAGGCUGUUGAACACAGUCAAAAAGGUGGCAAUGCUAUGGACCUAUUUAAUGAUCCUGACAACUUGGUUCUAGUUCGGUAUGCAAGAGAAAAGUUAAGUUCACAAGUUUCUGCCAGAAUUUUAGGCGUUUCAGCUUUAGUUCGCACCCAGAUGGCUGUUGAAAGAGCGAUGUGGUUACAGUCAGAAGCUGAAAAAUUGUCAAACAAGGAAAAAUAUCUUGGUUUAGAUAUAGCUAACAUUGCUAGAGCAACACUGGGUAAAGAUAAAAUACAAGUUGCCCAAUAUAUUGCUCAACAUUUGUUACAAGUUGGCAAUUCAAAUGUAAGCGAACAAGACUUGCAGAACAUAUUGGUUGCAGUUUCUGCUUCACAUAAACAAAUUGCUGUAGAGCAAGCUGAAAAUGAAGCUCAAAACAAAACAUCAGAUGAUUCAGAGAAUGCUGUAGAACCUGUCCAUACUUCAGUGUCAAACAGUCCUUCAAAGGAAAAUUCAAAGAAUGCAUUUAACACACUAGAUGCAAAACAGUCGCAGAAAUCAUUGUUCCCAUCUGCUGCAUCAAAUAAUAAUACACGCAGUUCUAGGCGUAGCAGAUCUCCCCCUUCUAAAAGUCUUGGCUUGUCCAUGUUGCAGUCAGCAUAUGAAGAUGAAAAUGCAAAAGAUAUGGAAAAGUUAUCAUUAGAAGACUUGAGAUCACUUUUGGCUAACUUCCGAUCAUUGAGCCCAGAGGAACAGCAAGCUCUCACUACUUACCUAAAAAAGCUUGAGGCAACUGACAGCAAGAAAGUAAUGAAGUUGCGUGAAGAAAUGCAGAAAAGUGCCAAAAAUGCUGCAAAAAAAGUAAUUCCUAAAUCAAACCCUGCAAAUUCUCAGACAAAACCAGUAGAAUUUUCUGAAGGUUCUACUGUGAUCAAAGAUAUACGGCAUCCUAUCACAAAUACUCCAGCAAGUCGACCACCAGCAGAGGCAUUUACACCUCAGCAGAUAAAGCUUGAUAUGCAAAAUAAACCUGAAAUGUUUCAGCCUUCUGGAAUCACGAUGCAUAGAGGUAACAGUAUACCUACUGAUAUUUUUAAUCCACCAGCAGAAGCAGAGGUACAAAAACUAAACACUUAUCAAGAGAGAAAAAAGUCUCCACUUAGUAUUAGUGAAGCAUUGAAAGAAUUUGAAUCUCAAAAUAGUUUUGAAGUCUUGGAUGCCCAGAACAGGAUGUCCUUCAGUAAUAAUAGUCAACUUGAAUAUUCAGGGCCUCCCAGGCCUUCCAUUCCAAGAGAGGGUUCUAGCUAUACUUUGGGUUCGGAUUUCCCUCGACAAAACUUUACUGAAUCUGUUGACAAAGAUCACUAUCGAAGUGAUUAUAAUAGGCCAUUUGGACAAGGUGGACCUCUUGGUCACAAUACAUCAGAGGGUCCACCAAUAUUUAACAAUCCAGGAAGCUCUCAAGGUGUGCAGAAUUACAAGCCAGUUUAUGAUAGAGGCUAUCCUUCCAGAGGGGAUACUUUUUCUAAUAAUUCUAAUGAGCGAAAUGAGAAUAAUUGGUAUGAUGAAAGGUCUCAUCCUCCUCCUUUUGCACCACCAGAGCCAUUCCAGUCAAGGGAAUUUGGAAAUUCUCUUAGAGGAAGGCCGCCACCUUUUGGAGGACCUCCUGGUACUCAAUUACCCUUUCAACAGCAGUGGUAAUUUUCGUAAUAACUUUUUUAUCUGUACAUUUAUAUAAAAAAGUGUUAUAAAAGAAGUAAAAGAAACAAUACAAACAAAAAAUUAUGUACAUUGUUUGAGGCACAUCCUUCAUAAGAAAUUUAUUUUUUUUUUUGUUUGUGAAUUAGCACUUUUUUUUCAAAACUUACUUAUUGGAUAUGCCAUUGUGUGUUUGGGUAAGAAAGAAAGAAAGAAUGAUGUAUAUUGUAUGAGGGAAAAUAAUUAUAUUAUUUAAGCUAAUGCACUAAUGGAACUACAGUUCCAUUUAUUUUCUUUAUUACAUAAUAUGAGAUACCAUAUUAGGGUAUGUUACCUGUUGUGAUAUCUCAUUCAAACUUUUAAUAAAAAUCAUUUGAC